CGGGAGGAAAUUGAAUCACGACCGGAUCUAAUUUACUUGGCCUUAAAAAUUGACAGACUCUUCUUUAAACGUCUUUUCUCAAAACUUUGUCUCCCUCCUCUAUAUUCUUCGUCUUCGACCUCGUCGUCUGGCAGUAAUUCAAUCUCUCUCUCUCUCUCUCUACUGUAAUAAAUCUAAGGAAACAAAAAACGUUACGAAAGAAAAAGCAUUAAAAAGAAAAGCUUUAGAGAGAAAAAAAACACAGCUCACAACCUCUUUUCAAUUAUUCAAUUUAGCUUUUUUUCUCUUCUUCUUCUUCAUCUUCCCUCGUCUUCUUUGCCAGUUCUUCUUCAUCUUUCGUCGUUUUCUUAGUGCCACCCAAAGAUCUUCGUGCAGGUUCGUACUUCUUUCUACCUCGAUCGAUUUUGACUAAAUGUAUGGAUCAUCUGAUUUCCGAUUUGAUCGUGGUUGUUCCUUGCUCUGUUUCAUGAUCUGUGAAUCUGAGUUUCUCGAUCUGGCUGCGUCUUUUUCGGAAAAGUCGAGAAUUUUUUCCUGCUGGGUCUUCUGAAUCACAUUUGAUCAAUUCCUGGAAAUCGCAAAGUUUUGAGUUUUUCUAAUUUCUAAAGGUUCAUUGGCGUUUGUAGUACAUAAAUUUUCCCUGACACACAGAAAAAGAGGAUUUGACUGUUAUACAAUGUCAACAAAAGUGUUGGAUCCUGCAUUUCAAGGAGCUGGCCAGAAACCAGGGACUGAAAUCUGGAGAAUUGAGAAUUUUGAGGCAGUUCCUGUACCAAAGUCUGAGCAUGGAAAGUUCUAUAUGGGAGAUACUUACAUUGUCUUGCAGACAACACAGAAUAAAGGGGGUGCUUAUUUGUUUGAUAUACAUUUCUGGAUUGGUAAAGAUACAAGCCAGGAUGAAGCUGGAACAGCAGCUGUUAAAACAGUUGAACUCGAUGCAGUUCUUGGAGGCCGUGCUGUCCAACACCGGGAAAUUCAGGGUCAUGAAUCUGACAAAUUCUUGUCUUACUUCAAGCCAUGUAUUAUACCCUUAGAGGGUGGUGUUGCGUCUGGUUUCAAAACAGUUGAAGAAGAGGUGUUUGAGACCCGGUUAUAUACUUGCAAAGGAAAACGUGCAAUCCGUUUGAAGCAGGUUCCUUUUGCCCGCUCAUCACUGAAUCAUGAUGAUGUAUUUAUCUUGGACACCGAGGAAAAGAUCUAUCAGUUCAAUGGUGCAAAUUCAAACAUUCAGGAGAGAGCCAAAGCUUUGGAAGUCGUUCAGUAUUUAAAAGACAAGUAUCACGAAGGAACUUGUGAUGUUGCGAUUGUUGAUGACGGAAAAUUAGAUACAGAAUCAGAUUCUGGUGCAUUUUGGGUCCUCUUUGGUGGUUUUGCUCCAAUCGGAAGGAAAGUUGCCAAUGAUGAUGACAUUGUCCCGGAGUCAACUCCACCUAAGCUUUAUUGCAUCACUGAUGGUAAGAUGGAACCAAUAGACGGUGACCUAUCCAAAUCUAUGCUGGAAAACACUAAAUGCUACCUCUUGGACUGUGGCGCUGAGAUAUAUAUCUGGGUUGGCCGUGUCACUCAAGUAGAUGAGAGGAAAGCUGCUAGUCAAUCUGCUGAGGAAUUCCUUGCUAGUGAAAAUAGGCCAAAGGCAACACAUGUAACUCGUGUAAUCCAAGGUUAUGAGUCCCAUUCUUUCAAGUCUAACUUUGACUCUUGGCCAUCAGGCUCGGCCACUCCUGGUAACGAAGAAGGACGAGGAAAAGUCGCUGCUUUACUGAAGCAACAAGGCGUUGGGCUCAAGGGCAUUGCAAAAAGUGCACCAGUGAAUGAGGAUAUUCCACCUCUGCUUGAAAGUGGUGGAAAAUUGGAGGUUUGGUACGUUAAUGGUAAAGUCAAGACUCCCUUACCUAAAGAAGAUAUUGGAAAGCUCUAUUCUGGGGACUGCUAUUUGGUCCUUUAUACCUAUCAUUCUGGGGAAAGGAAAGACGAAUAUUUCUUGAGUUGUUGGUUUGGAAAGAAAAGCAUUCCGGAGGACCAAGAUACAGCAAUUCGACUGGCGAAUACAAUGUCAAACUCGUUAAAAGGAAGACCUGUGCAGGGCCGUAUAUACGAGGGUAAAGAGCCUCCACAAUUUGUUGCCCUUUUUCAACCUAUGGUGGUCUUAAAGGGUGGUUUGAGCUCUGGGUACAAAAGCAGUAUGGGAGAGUCAGAGUCAACAGACGAAACCUACACGCCAGAAUCAAUUGCACUAGUUCAAGUAUCUGGAACCGGAGUUCACAAUAAUAAGGCUGUGCAAGUUGAAACGGUGGCAACAUCUUUGAACUCUUAUGAGUGCUUCCUUCUGCAAUCUGGUACUUCCAUGUUCCUUUGGCAUGGAAAUCAAAGUACGCAUGAACAGCUAGAACUGGCCACUAAAGUUGCUGAAUUCUUGAAGCCCGGGAUUACUCUCAAGCAUGCCAAAGAAGGAACAGAGAGCUCAACCUUUUGGUUUGCACUUGGGGGAAAACAGAAUUUCACCAGCAAGAAGGCUUCCUCUGAGACGAUCAGGGAUCCUCACUUAUUCUCAUUUGCUUUCAACAGAGGAAAGUUUCAGGUUGAGGAGAUUUACAACUUUGCUCAAGAUGACCUCUUGACUGAGGAUAUAUAUUUCCUAGACACCCAUGCUGAAGUUUUUGUCUGGGUUGGUCAAUGUGUGGAGCCUAAGGAAAAGCAAACUGUAUUUGAGAUUGGCCAAAAAUACAUAGAUCUUGCUGGAUCCUUGGAAGGCUUGCAUCCUAAAGUCCCAAUCUACAAAAUCAAUGAAGGGAACGAACCAUGCUUCUUCACCACUUACUUUUCUUGGGAUGCCACUAAAGCUAUCGUACAAGGAAAUUCAUUCCAGAAAAAGGCAUCGUUGUUAUUUGGCACUCACCACGUUGUGGAGGAUAAGUCUAACGGUGGGAACCAAGGACUAAGGCAAAGGGCUGAAGCACUAGCUGCCUUAAAUUCGGCAUUUAACUCUUCUAGUAACAGGCCUGCCUAUUCGAGCCAGGACAGAUUAAACGAAAGUCACGACGGCCCAAGACAGAGAGCUGAAGCUUUAGCCGCCUUGUCAUCCGCAUUCAACUCUUCUUCGUCAUCAACUAAAUCGCCUCCACCACCAAGGCCAGUGGGGACGAGUCAGGCUUCACAGAGAGCAGCAGCAGUGGCUGCUCUUUCUCAAGUUCUUGUUGCGGAAAAUAAGAAAUCACCUGAUACCUCUCCUACAAGAAGAUCCACUAGCUCCAACCCAGCAGAUGACAUCCCUCUGACGGAAGCAAAAGAUGAAGAAGAGGCUUCAGAGGUAGCUGGUCUUGAAGCCAAGGAAGAAGAGGAAGUUUCACCUGCAGCAGAUGAAACAGAAGCAAAGCAGGAAACAGAAGAGCAAGGUGAUUCUGAAAUACAACCAAGUGGAGCAACUUUCACCUAUGAACAGCUGAGAGCUAAAUCUGAGAACCCAGUGACUGGAAUCGAUUUCAAACGCAGAGAGGCUUAUCUAUCUGAGGAAGAGUUCCAAAGUGUGUUUGGGAUCGAGAAAGAAGCAUUCAACAACUUACCACGUUGGAAGCAAGAUCUGCUUAAGAAGAAGUUCGACUUGUUCUAGUUUGGUUUUAUGUGGGUCAGUCAAUUUGUUGUUGGUUUGAAGAGUGUGUUUUUUUGUUUCUCUUCUUCAAUUUUAUUUACUUGGCUCAUUUAUAUUUCUCUCAUGGGUUGGUUUGGGUUUGAUUCUUUAUAUUUUCUGACAGCACAAUGAGGUUUCUUGUAAUGAUGAUGAUCAUAGAUUGUAAUGAAUGUUUUACCCGAGACAGAUUUGUGAGUGGGUAGCAAAAUUCUUUGAUUUGUGAUCUUCCAUCUUUGUGACUACUUUUUUUUUUUUUUUGUUCAAAGUGGUUG